AUGGCCAGCACAACAUCAGAUCCCUUCUAUGCCGACCUACAAACAACUUUGGAUAAAGUGCCAAAAAGUGAUAUGGUUCUCAUCAUCGGUGAUUUCAACGCACGAAUUGGCGUACAACAGCACACAACCAGUCGAAAUGUAGUUGGUCCUCAUGUGGUGGAUAUAAUAAAUGAAAGUGGCGAACGUCUGUUGGAUUUCUGUUCCCUGAACAACGUAGUCAUAUCCAACGCAUUCUUUCAACAUAAUCCUAUUCAUCAAAAAAGUUGGACGCACCCUGGCAGCAAGACCUGGCACAUGUUGGACUAUGCUCUCGUCAACAAACAAUUUCGUUCGAGUAUCGAAGAUGUGCGAGUCCAUCGUACAGCAGCUGGGGCAAUUGGAACUGAUCAUCAUCUUCUUCGAAUCAAACUCAAAUUCCAUCUAAGAAGUCGAAGAAAAGUGAUCAAAGCUCAACUACACUGCAUCAAUCGAAAGAAACUCAAGAACGAACAAUGCAAGCUAACCUUUCAAAGACAAUUGAAUGGUCGUCCUCAACAGCAACAAACAUCCUCUCAAACAAUAGACGACAAGUACAACUCUUUCGUCGACUAUGUACAUCAAGCAAGUGGAGCAGCUUUUCAACAAGAUGGAAAUGGUGGAAAACAAAAAGAAUGGCUAACAGACGAAAUUCUCGACCUUGUUGAUAAAAAGGCAAAAGCCUUUCUCGACUGGCAAAACUUCCGUGGUACUACCUUCGAAUCAAAAUACAAAAAGAGCUAUCACCUACUUCGAAAUCUGGUGAAAAAGAAAAUUGAAGCAAGACAAGUAGAAUACUGGGAUGAACUUAGUAUUGAAGUUGAAAACGCCAUCAAGCAACACGACCCAGCAACAGCAUACUCAAUGAUUCGCCGUCUAAGAGGAGGAAAAGCCAAAAUUGAAAAUCUUCCCAUAUUUGACAAGGAUAGAGAAAUACGAACCAACUCAAAAGAAAGAUUAGAUCGAUGGAAAGACUAUUUCAAUGGUCUUCUGAAUGUGCCAUCUAAUGUAGACCCGUUGACAAUCCAACAAAUUAUUCCUGCUACAAUAGAUCCAAAUGAACAACGACGACAAGACAAAGCACCAAGUCUCAAAGAAGUUCAAUGUGCAACCAAGCAAAUGAAAAACGGCAAAGCGCCUGGAAAUGAUGGAAUUUCAGCAGACAUCAUUAAAGCUGGAGGUCUUCCUAUGGCAAAAUGGCUUCAUGAGAUCUUUGUGGAUAUAUGGGAAAAUGAAACAAUAGUUGAGGACUGGGCAACAGCAAUCCUGAUUCGUCUCUACAAAAACAAGGGUGACAAAAAGAUUUGUGACAACUAUUGGGGAAUAUCUCUCUUGGUAGUGACAAGCAAAAUCUUCUCAAGAACUAUCCUCAAUUGUGUACAAGCCCUACUUGACAAACAACUAUUGAAGGAACAAGCUGGUUUUCGAUCCAAUCGUUCAACAGUUGAUCAAAUAUUCAUUCUAAAAAUGAUCAUGGAAAAAUCCCGCAACGUCAACAAGCCACUUUUCAUGUUCUUCAUCGACAUUAUGAAAGCCUAUGAUUCGGUCGAUCGUGCUCUUCUUUGGAAUAUACGUCGCCACUAUGGUCUUACAGAAAAAAUUGUACGAAUGCUCAAACUACUAUAUCAUGACACCAAAGCUCAAGUUCGAAUCAAUGAAGAACUCUCUGAUACUUUCGACGUCAACUCGGGGGUCCAGCAAGGUGGUAUUCCUUCUUGCAUCCUCUUCAAUGUGCUAUUCGACUUCAUUAUUCGUCGUGUCAUCGAACAAACUAAAACCCUCGGCAUUAGUGGAAUUAAAUUAGCAUAUGGAAGCAAUGAUUUUUUCACCCUGACAGUGAUCAAUAUGAAGAUCUGGACAUUCUACUUUUGA